GUCUGCUGCCAUCUCUCUCUCUCUCUCUGGAGCUGAGAGUAAGGGGAGAAGGUGAGAGGAGAGAGAGAUGGGGGGAGAGAUCUCUCGCUUGAUUCACGGCAUCAUGAGCUGCAAAUUGAGCUGCUGGGCAGAAUCCAUCCUCGGGAAGUUUAGAUUCUGAGAGCCGGAAAUCUCGAUUCCUUCCUAUUUCUUUUCCUCCUUCGAUUUCCCUUUUUGCGCUGUGGCAGUCAUAAUCAUGGCGUUCCACAUUUCCCCGGCGAGAAAGUUCAAUUCUUGCUACCUACCCACCAAUAAGUAAGAUCUAUAGAGAGAGAGAGAGAGAGAGAGAGAGGAAGGAAGGGGGGAAGACGUGUGUGAGCUUCUCGUAUCUCUGGUUCAUUUCCACUGAGGUUUCCGUACGAUUGUCGGGUAGUCGAGGAUUCUUAGAUCUGGUCUAGUUCACGCAGAUUUUCCGUCCUUAGGGCUAUUGGAACCUUUCAUGUAAAAACUUGUCCUUGAGCUUGUUUGAAUUUUUAUUUUCUUCAUAAAAAAGUUGGGUUUUUUUUUUUUUGUUUUUGGUGGGUUUGACUCUGGCGGGCAUUCCGUGGUAGAGGAUAAUAUAAGAUGAAUUACUUCCCAGAUGAAGUGAUAGAGCAUGUGUUCGACUACGUGACGUCGCACUGGGACCGUAAUUCAAUCUCUCUAGUGUGUAAAUCGUGGUAUAGGAUCGAGAGAUUUAGCAGGCAGAGGGUGUUCAUUGGCAAUUGCUAUGCAAUCAGUCCAGCGAGGUUAAUCGGGAGGUUCCCCGCGAUCCGGUCCCUUUCUUUGAAGGGGAAGCCCCAUUUCGCGGACUUCAACCUGGUGCCGCACGACUGGGGAGGCCAUGUCUACCCAUGGGUCGUGGCCUUGGCUAAGAGUAGAGUUAAUUUGGAGGAGCUUAGGUUGAAGAGGAUGGUGGUGACAGAUGAGAGUCUUGAGCUGAUCUCGAGGUCAUUUGUGAAUUUCAAGUCUCUGGUUCUUGUCAGCUGUGAAGGGUUCACUACCGAUGGCCUAAAAGCGAUAGCUGCCAAUUGUAGGUUUCUGAGGGAGCUAGACUUGCAAGAAAAUGAGGUUGAGGACCGCAGGGGCCAGUGGCUCAACCACUUCCCUGAGAGCAACACAUCUCUCGUCUCCUUAAAUUUUGCAUGCCUUAAAGGCGACAUAAAUUUAGCAGCUCUCGAGCGGCUUGUGGCUCGGUCUCCAAAUCUCAAGUCUCUGAGGGUGAAUCGUGCUGUCCCUCUUGAUACGCUGCAGAAGAUUCUUGUGCGAGCCCCUCAGUUAGUGGACCUGGGCACAGGGUCUUUUCUUCAUGAUCCAGAUUCUGAAACCUUCUACAAGCUGAGGAAUACAAUUGAGAAGUGUAAAUCCAUCAGGAGUUUGUCUGGAUUUUUAGAGGUCGCACCUUACUGCCUAUCUGCUAUUUAUCCCAUCUGCCCGAACCUGACCUCGUUGAAUCUAAGCUAUGCCCCAGGAGUUCCUGGUAGCGAGCUAAUGAAACUAAUCCGCCAUUGCAGAAACCUCCAACGCCUGUGGAUUCUCGAUUGCAUCGGAGACAAAGGGCUCGGGGUUGUGGCUUCAAGCUGCAAAGAACUGCAGGAGCUGAGGGUUUUCCCCUCCGAUCCCUUUGGGGUCGGGAACACUGUGGUCACAGAAGAAGGCCUGGUUGCGAUCUCCAUUGGUUGCAAGAAGCUGAACUCACUGCUUUACUUCUGCAUCCAGAUGACCAAUGCUGCCCUGAUCACUGUGGCCAAGAACUGUCCCAACUUUGUCCGCUUCAGGCUCUGCAUCCUGGACCCCGUCAAGGUGGAUCCCGUUACACAGCAGCCACUGGAUGAAGGCUUUGGGGCAAUUGUCCAGUCCUGUAGAGGACUGAGAAGACUUUCCCUCUCGGGCCUCUUGACGGAUCAGGUGUUCCUGUACAUAGGCAUGUAUGGGGAGCAGCUUGAGAUGCUCUCUGUUGCAUUUGCUGGGAAUAGCGACAAGGGGAUGAUGUAUGUCCUGAAUGGGUGCAAGAAGCUGAGAAAGCUCGAGAUUAGGGAUGCUCCUUUCGGGGAUGUCGCCCUUCUGGCAGACCCGGGGAAGUACGAGACAAUGCGAUCCCUUUGGAUGUCCUCUUGUGAGGUCACCCUUGGGGCUUGCAAGGCUCUGGCGAGGAAGAUGCCAAGGCUGAAUGUGGAGAUUAUCGACGAUUCUGAUCAGGUGGGAGAGGACUGUGGUGGGGCCCCAGCUGCUCCUUCCGCCAUUUCUGAUGGUGAUGAUAAGCAGAAGGUGGAGAAGAUGUACCUCUACCGGAGCCUGGUGGGGCGUAGAGAAGACGCGCCUGACUUCGUCUGGACCUUGUAACUGUUUGCAGAGUCCUGCUCGGCUUCUGUCUGGGUGCUUUGAUUAGUAGAUGUAUUCUACGUAGGGGAGUAAUUUAUGGGAUAUUGUUUUAGUCGGAAGGAUGAUGAUUGCUGUUGGUUAAUGUUUCAGAAGAGAUCUGAUGUUGCUCUGUGAUUCUUAUAAGUAGAUCUUUUCAUAAUCUUGCUAUGCGUUUUGAAUCCAAAA